AAUCACUAAAUUGAACAGCAAUAACCAUGGGAGAUGCUGCAAAACCUUGCUUUGCCAAACAAAAUAAGGAACAGGAAAUUUUACAUCAAGAAGAAUUAAAAGGAAGUCCCUUACAGAAAGACUACCGAGUCAUGGAUGAAUACGGAAAUGGCCAUAGCAAUAAAAUAGAUACCAGCCUGCAAAAGAAAAAGGGAACACCAGGUCGUUACGGAAACAGUCCCAGGCGAGGGCCACGUAGUGUUUUGAGUAGCCCAAAUUCACUUAAAAACACAACUUACAGUCAAGGGUCAAAGUUAAAUGAUACCCAAAGAGACCAAAUGAAGAAGUGGGUAUCUGAUGACCACCGUGGUACUUCUGACAGCUGGAGAGAGUACAGAUCUGUUGCCUGGAUUCCUGUGCAUAGCAGGACAAGAAAGGACUCUUUUCAUGAGGUUGAAGGUGCUGGGAACAGAAACGUAAGACGACAACUUCAGGAAGACUUAAUGAGUGAAGACAUGCCAGACAUGCAGAAAGGAAGCUCUGAAAUGAAGAAGCUUAGGAAACCGAGAAGAUCAAGAAGAACUAGAAAAGAUGAGUAUGAUCAAGAUGAAGUGGAUGGCCCAGUCAUAGAUGAAUCUGUGCUGUCAGCAAAAGAACUCCUAGGGUUGCAGCAAGCUGAAGAACGAUUGAAGCGAGACUGCAUUUAUAGACUGAAGAAGCAACCUCGAAGCUACCCAUCAGCAAAAUAUACCUGCAAACUGUGUGAUGUUUUGAUUGAGUCGGUGGCUUUUGCUCAUAAGCAUAUUAAAGAGAAAAGACACAAGAAAAGCCUAAAGGAAAAGCAAGAAGAACAGCUACUGACCGCUCUGCCUCCUCCAACGCCUUCCCAGAUACAAGCUAUUGGUGUUGCUAUUGAAAAUGUAGUGCAGGAGUUUGGCUUAAAUAAUGGAGAUCUAGAAGAAAGGCUCAACAUUAAAACAGUGAUGGAAAACUUACUGCAUCAAAAAUUGCCAGAGUGCUCAUUAAGAUUGUAUGGCUCCUCCUGUAGCAGAUUUGGUUUCAAAACUUCAGACAUAAACAUAGAUAUCCAGUUUCCUGCCAAUAUGACUCAACCGGAUGUUCUCUUACUUGUGCAAGAAAGUCUCCAGAACAGUGAAUCCUUUACGGAAGUUGAUGCAGAUUUCCAUGCUAGAAUACCAGUGGUGGUGUGCAGAGAAAAGCAAAGUGGCCUUAUUUGUAAAGUGAGUGCAGGGAAUGAGAAUGCUUGUCUGACAACAAACCACUUGGCUACACUUGGAAAACUGGAACCUACUGUAGUACCUUUAGUGAUUGCCUUCAGGUACUGGGCAAAGUUGUGCUGCGUUGAUCAUCCUGAAGAGGGAGGCUUGUCACCUUAUGUGUUUGCUUUAAUGGUUAUUUUCUUUCUACAACAGAGGAAAGAGCCUUUUCUACCUGUCUAUUUGGGAUCAUGGAUUGGAGGAUUCUCAUUAAACAAAUUAACUAAUUUUCAUCUGAAAGAAGUCGAGAAUGAUGCUGUGGUUUGGGAGCAUAACCCCACUGAUGAUUCUGAUUUGCCACAAGAAGCUUCCACUAGAAGUGGCAAGGUUCCCUUAGUAUUUGGUUCAGGACAGCAGUGUUCAGCACCUGCUGGUCAGCUCUGGGUAGAACUGCUUCGUUUCUAUGCCUUGGAGUUCAAUAUGGCUGAUUUGGUUAUUAGCAUACGACUCAAAGAAAGAGUGUCUCGUGAAUCAAAGGACUGGCCUAAAAAGCGCAUUGCUGUGGAAGACCCAUAUUCAGUCAAAAGGAAUGUGGCAAGAACACUGAACAGCCAGCUAGUGUAUGAGUAUAUUCUUCACUGCUUGAGAGCAACUUACAAGUAUUUUGCCUUGCCUCACAAAAAAAGUGCAAAAUUGAGCAAAAAAUCCUUUCCAAAGGAGGAUUUCUCCAAUGAGGAGAAAUCCCAAACGCUGGACCAUGGAAAAGAUGCUAUAAAGCAUGAAAAUUCUGAGUUGCAAAACUUGGAUGGUAAAACAAACACAGCCGUAGUGGAAGAUUGCAUAACAGAGACUAUGGAUACACCCCAGGCACAUAGAAUUGAUCCUUCAAAACUGUGUGAUGGCUCAGAAAGCUUCACAGAAGAAGAACUGGCUGAUGAUAUAAGUCAUUUGGGAAUUGCCCAUGAAGAUUCAGACUGUAUAAUUGAGGAAGUUAUUUCUGGAGAUAAUGAGGAUUUUAAACCAAGUUGUGAAGAGACAGAGAGUGGAAAUGAAGAGGAAGAAGAGGAGGAAGAGGAAGAACAUGAACAACAGCAAAGAAGAUGGAAUAAUAUCUUGACUACUGAGCAGGGAAUAGAUGAAGACAGUGAUAGUGGAGAUCUCCAUGUUACAGUGAAUGAGCAUGAUAUAGAGACAUGUAGUACUUCAGAUUUAGAAGGUUUUCAAAACGCUGCACUUACAGAGAGUGAUGAGUUUGGCUUAGAGUGCAGUGGUAUAAUGGAUGACAAGAUUGACAUUGAUGAGGAGAGCACUGAAGGUACUGAUGAACUGGAUGAAUCCCCCCAAAAAUUCAUAUGUUCAGCACAGAGUCAAAUAUCCCAAAUUAUUAACUCGGAUGAUGAGGAGGAAGAGGAGGAAGAACCAAGUCUUCUAAACCAGAGAGAGUGUGGUGGUGUUAUGAGAGCUGGAGAUGAACUAGAUAACACAUACACUGGAUCUGGAGAUGACGAUGCACUGUCAGAGGAAGAAGAUGAUUUUUCCAUCCCCCAUAAAUAUGAGGACAAACAUUUCGAAGAAAAUAUGGAUGGACCUCUGGGGAUCAAUUUGAGUCAAGAGGAUCUUACUGAGAAGGGAAACCUUUUUGAAGAGAACACAACAAUAGAACAAUGUUUAGAAUCUGAACUCUUUUAUGAAUUCAGUAAACCAGCUUUUACAAAGGGCAAGUCUCCUACAGUAGUAUGUAGCUUGUGCAAACGGGAAGGUCACUUAAAGAGGGAUUGUCCAGAAGACUUCAAGAAAAUUGAGCUUGACCCACUGCCAGCACUGACACCCAAAUUUUCAGUUAUUCUAGAUCAAGUUUGUGUCCAAUGUUACCAUGAUUUUGCUCCAAAUAUUGUAGAGGAUCAGGCUCGGGAACAUAUAAGACAAAACUUGGAAAACUUCAUUAGACAGGAUUUCCCAGGAACCAAGCUGAAUUUGUUUGGCUCCUCAAAAAAUGGAUUUGGGUUCAAACAAAGUGACCUUGAUAUCUGUAUGACUAUGGACGGGCUGGAAACUGCUGAGGGACUUGAUUGCAUCAGAAUCAUUGAAGAUUUAGCAAAAGUUCUCAAGAAACAGUCAGGUUUAAGAAAUGUCUUGCCUAUAACAACUGCUAAAGUCCCGAUUGUCAAAUUUUUCCACGUCAGAAGUGGUCUUGAAGUAGACAUCAGUUUAUAUAAUACUCUGGCCUUGCAUAACACAAGACUCCUGUCAUCAUAUGCAGCCAUUGAUCCUAGAGUAAAAUAUCUGUGUUACACAAUGAAAGUCUUUACAAAGAUAUGUGACAUUGGAGAUGCAUCUCGAGGUAGCCUUUCUUCUUAUGCAUAUACUCUUAUGGUGCUUUAUUUUCUUCAACAGAGAAAACCACCUGUCAUCCCUGUUCUUCAAGAGAUCUACAAAGAACCAAAAAAGCCUGAAAUUUUAGUUGAUGGCUGGAACGUUUAUUUCUUUGAUAAGAUAGAGGAGUUGUCAGUUGUUUGGCCAGACUGUGGCAAAAACACUGAAUCUGUUGGGCAACUGUGGCUGGGACUUCUCCGUUUCUACACAGAAGAAUUUGAUUUUAAAGAGCAUGUCAUCUGCAUCAGGAGAAAAAAUCUGCUUACAACUUUCAAGAAGCAGUGGACCUCCAAAUACAUCGUAAUUGAAGAUCCCUUUGAUUUGAACCACAAUCUUGGAGCUGGAUUGUCAAGAAAAAUGACAAAUUUUAUAAUGAAGGCUUUUAUCAAUGGCAGAAGGGUGUUUGGUACCCCUAUAAAAAUAUUUCCUAAAGAAUAUCCGUCAAAAAUGGAAUACUUUUUUGACCCAGAGGUACUAACGGAAGGAGAAUUGGCACCAAAUGAUAGAUGCUGCAGAAUUUGUGGUAAAAUUGGCCAUUUCAUGAAAGAUUGUCCCCUGAGAAGAAAACUAAGACGGCGUCGUGAUUAUGAAGAUAUCAAAAACCAGAGGUACACAGAAAACAAGGACAAAAGAAGCAAAGAGGACAAAGAAACUCAGAAUAAAACAACAGAAAAAGAAAGCUUAAUCAAGGAGGGGAAGUUGCAUCUAUGUACACCUCAAAAGAGGAAACUAGCAAGGGUAAUAGUGGAAACUGGAAGAGAAAAGACUCCCAGGCAAUCAGCAGAGAAGUGGAAGCGCCUGGAAGACAGAGACUUAAGAGAAAAACGUUGUUUUAUCUGUGGAAGAGAAGGUCAUAUUAAAAAGGAAUGCCCACAGUAUAAAGGAGCUGCAGGUGGUUCAAAACCAGAAGUGUUGUGUGGAUCCCCUUCUUUACCCAGCGCUGCCAAACAUGCUGGUAGAUUAAAUCAGGGAGUGCUUGUACAUGAAGAAAAAAAGAAACAAAAAGGAAAAGUAUUUUUGAGUCCCCAGUCAGGCAGCCUUUCCAAUAAAUACAUGACUCAGGGAAAAGCCUCACAGAAGAGGACCCAACAAGAAUCAUGAGGGAUAUUAAGCACUGUCAAAUUGCAAUACAGGCUCUUCAUUCAUUUAAAAAAUUUUCUUCUGCUAAAGCAUCUGGAUUCACAGGACAGCAGCACAGACAACCUUCGACUUAAGUUUAAUGAAAUAUGGGUGUUUUACUUUAGAUUGCUAGUGCAAACAACUGUGGAUUUUAACACGGACCCCUGCUCUUAAAUAGAUUGUUUGAGCAUUUUAAUAGAAAGCCAUGAUGUUUUGUAUUUGUUUACUAGGUAAAUCAUAUAGAAAAGGGCAGGUAUUAAAAAUGGAAUGUUUUCAAGGUUUUGUUGUUCCACCUGACCAUUUUAAAAUGCACUAAAAUUGUGUGCAAGCCAAAUACAUUAUAUUUUCUUCAAAAAUUGAUUUUUUGAAGGAGCAAAUGAUAUUUAUUAAUGUUGAUUGUUUACUGAAUCCUUGUGUAAAAGUGUUUGAAAUGUUUGUAGACUGCUACAUUAUUUUUUUUUCCUGUAGAGAACUGAAAAUGUAGACAUUAGUAAACAUAUGUAAAACAAUCUCUGGACAAGCAGUGCCAUUGAGAUUUCUUGGGGUUUUUUUCUGUCCUGUGAUUUUUAUGGGAGUUCAUUUGCUGCUGUGCUUGUGUACAAGAUGAAAGAAAGACUAAGACACAGGUCAGUCCUGUUUGAUGCUGCUAAGAAUCUCUUUCAAGGCCUUGGGGAUACAAAAAAAAAUGCUUUAAGUAAUAGAGGUAUUAUAUUUGGCAACUGGGGAAAACACAUGUCCAUUUUCAUAAAAUGUGAAGAGGAUCCUUGUACCAGCCAAGAAUUUAAUUAGUAGUAUGAACAUGAGCUUUACUUGAAGUCCUUCCAGAGCUGCAAAUGUACUGUCUUAUCUUUUUCAGGAAAGAAUUAGUUACAUGGUAAAAUUGAAACCCAUGUUAUUUAUGACUUUGAAAUAAAUUUAAAA